AUGCCGCCUUUAAAUAAAAUGCUGGUUCUCCGUGUUGUCUUGGUUUUCGUGGCUUUCUUGGGCUUCACUAAAUGCCAGGAUUUACCAAGUUACGACCUGCUAGAAGAGUUCCGCUUGGUUGAGAGCAGAGGGGUGAGGCAGGUGAAAGGCUCGGAGCCAGACUCAGUAGCGUACCGUGUAAACCCUUCCCUGCAUCUCCGGAAGAGCUUGAGCGACGUUUACUCAAAUGGUCUGCCUACCGACUACUCCGUCAUAGCCACUUUCAAGAUAAGCAAGGAUGAAGCGAAGGCAUCCUGGAACCUUUGGCAGGUUAGCGACCCUGAGGGCCAGGACCUGGCAGGGCUGCGUUUUAAUGGUGACUCUAGAACCCUGGACUACUUCUACAGCAGCCCCAGCAAUACACAGAUGCUGCGCACCUUCCACGGUGUGGAGAAGCUGUUUGACGGUGAGUGGCACAAGCUGGCGCUCAGUGUGAAGGGAGACCAGGCGAAGCUACUGGUGGACUGUGAAGAAGUGAGCACUGAGCUGCUGGAUGAGCUGAGGCCAAUCAUCCUCCGCGGCUACACCUCCAUUGUCAAGAGAACUGCCAGCGAUCGCUCUGUCUCUGUGGAUCUGCAGAGGAUGCACGUUUCCUGUGAUGCUGACCAGGCCUAUUCUGAAGGCUGCUGUGAGCUCUCCAGUGUGUGUGGAGGACAUGCAGAGCUUGGCCUCCGUGCUCACAGAGGCAGAGCCACAUGUAAAUGCCUCCAUGGACAGCCAGGUCCGCAGGGAAUUUCUGGUCCAAAGGGUCACAUAGGUCUGCCAGGAGAGCCUGGAGAACCAGGGCGAGUGGGAAACUGGGGGCGACGAGGAGACCCUGGUGACUAUGGAAACAUAGGCCAAACUGGUCCUAAGGGCUAUACUGGGAUCAAAGGAGAGAAGGGAAUGCGAGGACUCCGUGGCCCUGAGGGUGACAGAGGGCCUAAAGGUCUGAAAGGUUUGCCAGGCGCUGCAGGCCACAAGGGAGUGCGAGGACCUCCUGGAGAGAGAGGGGAGACUGGGCUGGCAGGAGAGAGAGGUUCAGUGGGAGAUCAGGGGUACCCGGGAAUUCCUGGAUAUCAGGGAGUGAAGGGCGAUGAAGGCCCCUCUGGAAAUGAUGGCCCUCCAGGACCACAGGGCCUACAGGGUGUUGUGGGAGAUCCUGGUGAAAGAGGAGGACCUGGAGAAAAAGGAAAGCCUGGUGCACAAGGGCCUAAAGGAAGAGUUGGAGGCAUGGGAAUAAAGGGCAUUGUUGGAGAUCCAGGUUUGCCUGGGAGAGAUGGAGACCCUGGUAUUGAGGCUUAUCAAGGACCACAGGGGCCUGAGGGUGAUGCUGGAAGAGUUGGCAACAUGGGUGAGAAAGGUGCUCGGGGCCCUCCAGGGAACAUGGGUCCUCAAGGACGUACUGGUCGGCAAGGAUAUAAAGGCUCAGCAGGAAAGCCAGGAAGACCAGGACUCGUUGGGCCUCCAGGAAGAAUGGGACAUAUAGGAUUACUUGGAAAACCAGGUCCAAAGGGAAGUACUGGCAUUCUGGGAUUUCAAGGUGGAAAAGGGCAAAAGGGUGAGAAAGGACAAAAAGGACCAAAAGGCAUGGUGGGGGAUAGAGGUGAGCCAGGGCCACAGGGAGGCCAGGGGAAACGAGGCCCAGCUGGAGAGCCUGGCCAUAAAGGCAAUGUGGGGACCAAAGGCGUCCAAGGAGAUGAAGGGCCAGAGGGCUUUCAGGGACCUCCAGGACCACCAGGCCCAACACUCUCAGCCCAACAUGUUAUCGAGGUCUGCAAGCGCGUGGUGCUGGAACAGAUGUCCACGUUUGCCAACUCUGUGAAACGGACCUGUGCUGCUGUGUGCCCAUUGUAUGGUGAUGUGCCUAUGGGUGUCCCAGGUCCCUCAGGACAAAAGGGACCAUCUGGACCACCUGGUGAUCCUGGCACUGAUGGUGUUGAUGGAGAAGUAGGGCAGCAAGGAUUCUAUGGAGAGCCUGGUGAUCCAGGGAGACAAGGGGUGCGAGGUGAUCAAGGAGAGAAAGGAGACAAGGGUCCAAAAGGUUAUGGUUUAACUGGUUUCACUGGAGACCAGGGACAAAAGGGUCAGCAUGGGCAACCUGGCAGAGCAGUUGAUGGGCGCCCUGGCCAAAUGGGUGAAAGAGGCCAUGUUGGCCGACCUGGACUGAGGGGUCACCCUGGACUACCUGGGGUUCCUGGAAUUUGCCUGACUUCAGGAUGUGGUUUGAUCAAUGGGACUGCUGGUAGCACACCCCAACAAGAAUCCCAGAGCUUAUCCCGACAGAUAUCACAGAGACUGCGGCCACGCCCAUAAUGUUCUAGGAUAAUUGCAACUGCAGUUAUGUAGUGAGACAAUAACUGAUGUGAAUAGAUUCAUAAACCCUCCCCAUCAAAAUACUGUAAGAUUCCAAUAAUAAAGAGCAGAACCAUCACAAAGGUACAGGAUCAAACAAGACCAACUGAGAAAUUUGGCUAACACCAUACUGUAUUGUAAUUAUUACAAAUAUUGUAACAAUGUCUGGUGUUUUUAAAAGGCA